AUGCUCUUCUGUGACCUUGUGUCUGACUAUGCUGUGCUUAGAAGUGCAGUUACCAUGGUGCAAAUGUUAGCAAAUUUCUUAUGCGGACAAUCCAGUUCUCCUCUGUGCCUUUCAUCGCCAGAUUCAUCUCAUUUCGCUUCUUUCUCCUUUGCUUCUUCUUCACUUCUUUCUUCUUUGCCUCUUUCUUCUUUGCUUCUUCUUCCCUUCCAUCUUCUACACUUCUUACUUCUUCACCUCGUUCUUCUCAACUUCUUUUUUCUUUGCUUCUUCUUCCAUCUUCUUCACUUCUUACUUAUUCACUUCAUUCUUCUUUGUUUCUUCUUCCCUUCCAUCUUCUUCACCUCAUUCUACAUUGACUCUUUCUUCUUCCUCCUUUCCAUCUUCUUCACUUUGUUCUUCUUCACCUCAUUAUUCCAAACCUCAUUCUUAUUUUCUUAUUUCUACUUUGCUUCUUCUUCCCUUCCAUCUUCUCAACUUCUUUACCUCAUUCUUCUCAACCUCUUUCUUCUUUAUUUCUUCAUCCUUCCAACUUCUUCACCUCAUUCUACUUUAACUCUUUCUUCUUUCCUUCUUCCCUUCCAUCUUCUUUGCCUCAUUCUUCUCAACCUCAUACUUCUUUGCUUCUUUUUUCAUUCCAUCUUCUUCACCUCAUUCUUUUCUGACUCUUUUUUCUUUCUGAAGAAUUAA